GAGAAGCCGCUGCACGAAGCUGCCGCUCUUAGUCGCCGUCUGGCUGAGAUCGCGAGCGGUUGUAGUAUUGAGUGUUCAAUUCAAUAAUCAUCAAAAAGUCUUGCAUAUAUCAAUUUGCUUAUUGCUUAUUGCUCAAUCGCAAACCAGCUUAAAACUGGCACACGCGACGUAUACGCAACAUUCAAUGAGAACGAGUUGCGCGCGCGCUCAUUAAUUCCCAGCUAAGCUAACUUUUGAACCUCUCGGACGUGUCCCAAAAUCAUACGACACCGUGACGCAGUGAUUAACAAUCUCAAAUCGUAACUAACUAAAGUAGUUAUCAAAGCCGGUUAUCAAAGGGAGAGUAGUUAUCAAAGCCAGUUAUCAGUCAUGGGCUACGACGACGUCAUCACGCACCUGGGUGAAUUUGGACGCUAUCAGAAACGCAUCUAUCUCCUCCUCUGUCUUCCCGCCAUCGUCUGUGCCUUUCACAAACUCGCUGGCGUCUUUCUGCUCGCUCGUCCCAACUAUCGCUGUCUGCUGCCCUUCGAGGAUGCCGCGACUGCACGCUACGAAUCGCUUCCACCUCAACAAUGGUCGCUGGCCUAUCCCAAUGAUAGUGUCACCGGCAAGUCGGAUACUUGUGCUUACUACAACGUGGAUUACACCGAAGAGUAUUUGAGUGGGAACGUUUUUAAUGCUGCCAAUGGCACGCUUCAGUGCAGCAGCUAUGUCUACGAUCAGUCAAAGUAUCUGAACAGCGCUGUGACCGAGUGGAAUAUGGUCUGCAAGCGUAGCUUACUCAGUGCCACUAGCGACUCGCUCUUCAUGGUUGGCGUGCUGUUGGGCAGCUUUAUCUUUGGCCAAAUGUCCGAUAAACUCGGUCGCAAACCAACCUUCUUUGCCUCGCUCGUCAUACAGCUGAUCUUUGGCGUCAUCGCCGCUGUGGCUCCCGAUUACUUUAGCUACACUAUCUCAAGAUUAAUUGUGGGUGCCACCACUUCUGGAGUCUUUCUCGUUGCCUAUGUCAUUGCCAUGGAAAUGGUGGGUGCUUCGUAUCGUCUCUUUGCUGGCGUCGCUGUGCAAAUGUUCUUCUCCGUUGGUUUCAUGUUGACGGCGGGCUUUGCUUACUUCAUCCACGAUUGGCGCUGGCUGCAGAUUGCUUUAACGCUUCCUGGUUUGUUGUUUAUGUGCUACUAUUGGUUGAUACCGGAGUCGGCACGUUGGCUGCUCUCCAAGGGUCGCAACGAUGAAGCGUUUGUCAUCAUCGAACACGCUGCCAAGGCGAAUAAGGUGGGAAUACCCAGCGAGAUUUAUGCACAGCUUAUUGAGGAAGCAGCUGAGAAGAAGCAGAAGGAUGAACUUGCUGCCGCUGAGCCUUCGGCUUCGGUGUUUGAUCUGCUGCGUUAUCCCAAUCUACGAAAGAAAACUUUGCUUAUUUUCUUUGACUGGUUUGUGAACAGCGGAGUCUAUUAUGGUUUAUCCUGGAAUACAAACAAUCUAGGUGGCAAUCAACUGGUAAACUUUGUCAUCUCGGGUGCCGUGGAGAUACCCGCUUAUAGCUUGCUCUUGGUCACUCUCAAUCGCUGGGGCAGACGUUCGAUUCUGUGUGGUUGCAUGUUGAUUGCUGGCGUCAGUUUGCUGCUGACCAUCAUUGUGCCCAAGGACAUGAAUUGGCUGCUCAUUGCGUGCGCUAUGCUCGGUAAAUUGGCCAUCACUUCAUCGUAUGGCACCGUGUAUAUUUUCACAGCCGAACAAUUUCCCACUGUGGUGCGUAAUGUGGGUCUGGGUGCCUCGUCGAUGGUGGCACGUUUCGGUGGCAUUCUUGCACCGUAUCUCAAUCUGCUGGGUGAGAUCUGGCGACCGUUGCCGUUGGUCAUUUGUGGUGCUCUAUCGUUGACGGCUGGCUUGUUGUCGCUGCUGUUACCGGAGACGCUGAACAAACCGAUGCCGGAGACAAUUGCGGAUGGGGAGAAUUUCGGCAAGAAGCGCAGACCAUCAGGCGACGAGGAGCUAAAGGUCAUGAUCAAUGGCAAGCCGACGAGUUAAGUGAAAUGAAGUAGAAGUAAAUGGAGGCUGGACAACAGCUGACCAUUUCAGCGAAUUUAGGCAAUUUGCAUUUAUUUAUUGUUCAAAUUUAUGCAAUUCACUCAAUAUUUCAUAUAUUUUUUAUACACUUUUUGAACAUUAAAUGCACAA